AUGGCGGCGGCGGCGGCGGCGGCGACGACGAUUUCUGUAGCCAAGAGGGCACCGGAUCUGCCGGAAGUCGAUCUGAUUAGCUCUCUCCCCGGUGAGAUCCUCAGCAUAAUCAUAUCCCUCCUCCCCAUUGACUCCGCCGUGCGCGCCACAUCCCUCUCCCGCCGCUGGCGCCCCCUAUGGCGCUCCUCCCCGCUCAACCUCGACGUCUCCCACAUCGACGGGUGCGACAGCGACCGCGCCGCCGCCGUCUCCAAGAUUCUCUCCGACCACCCGGGCCCCGCGCGCCGCUUCCUCACCGCCUGCCUCCACAUCACCGACCCGGACGGCUGGCUCGGGUCCCCCGCCCUCCGAGAUCUCCAGGAGAUCGACCUCUGGCUCCCUCAGUACGAUGUUCUGAUGUCGCUGUCCAUUCUCCGCUUCGCGACGACCCUGCGCGUGGCCAGCUUCGGCAACUGCAAGCUCUUUGUGGACGACGCGCCGCCGCCGUUUAGCUUCCCUUGCCUUGAGAAGCUCAGCAUGGGAUUCAUUUCCGUACGGGCAGACACCCUCUCCCGCCUGCUCGCGGGCUGCCCUGUCCUCGAGAGCUUGCUGCUGGACAGGUGCCACGGCGUCUACUACCUGGUCAUCAGUUCAGCAACUCUUAAGAGAAUCGGCACAAAGGACGGUUGCCAUGGCUGUCAACUAGUCAUAGAGAAUGCCCCCAGACUGGAAAGAUUGAUCAGAACUAAUCCUCAUCCAGACUCAACCAUCUGGCUAAUCAAGGCACCGAAACUCGAGACCUUUGGCUUCAUGACAGACGACUUUACUAAACUCAAGCUUGGGUCUGCAAUUUCUGAGGGAUUGGUUGCUGGCAACUUGAAAGCUCUGAUGCGCAGCGUCAAGGUUUUGCAUCUCACGUCUAGUGGCCCUAAUCUUGAUGCAGCCAUAGUCUUCCUCAAAAAAUUUCCUUGCUUGGAAAAGCUCUACAUCACGUCAUGUCCUGGAAAUGAUAUGGAGAAUGUGCAUCAUCUUCAACCACAAGAUCCUAUUGAAUGCCUCGAUCAUCUCAGAGAAGUAGAGUUGAAGUUUUAUAUUGGCAGCAGAACGGAUGUCAACUUUGCCAAGUUCUUUCUCCUGAAUGGUAAAGUGCUCGAGUUAAUGAGGUUUGGUGUCAAGGACCAAUAUACUGAGGAAUGGGUAGCUGAUCAACACAGCCAGCUACAUGUUGAUAGCAGGCCUUCUCCAAAUGCUCAACUUGAAUUUACAGCUGCUGAUGUUGGCAAUCUUUUGACCAUAUUCUGUUCUUGA